UGUCUUUGACGUAUGGGCGGAUUUUUUAUUUAUUUUUAUAAUUGCUGGUUGUGGAAAAAUGUCUUCAGUUCCUGAUGGCAAGAAAUUGGUUCGAAGCCCAAGUGGACUUCGAAUGGUCCCGGAGAAUGGAGCGUUUAACAGCCCUUUUUCGUUAGAUGAACCUCAGUGGGUCCCGGACAAAGAGUGCCCAAGCUGUAUGCAGUGCACCAAGAAAUUUGACUUCCUUACAAGAAAGCACCACUGCCGGCGGUGUGGCCGGUGUUUCUGUGAUAAGUGCUGCAGUAAGAAGGUGACUCUUCCCCGGAUGUGCUUUGUUGACCCGGUCCGGCAGUGUGGAGAGUGCAGCCGGGUCUCCCAGAAGGAAAUGGAGUUCUAUGACAAACAGCUUAAAGUGCUUAUGGGAGGUGGUACAUUUAUUGUCACUUUGGGCACCUCCGAGAAGUCUGAGACCAUGAUGUGUCGUCUCUCCAACAACCACAGGUACCUCUUCUUAGAUGGGGAGAGCCAUUUUGAGGUGGAGCUGUCUCGGAUCUCCAGUAUGCAGGUGUUGACAGAGGAGUCCACCCCCGAAGAGAAUGACAUUCACACUUACACCAGUCUGCUGGACAGUCAGUAUAUCUCUGAAGGUGGAAACUGCAGGGCCAGUGGCAUGUUGCUCCACUACAAACCAAUGGGCUCUCAGGACCCCAAGCAGCUACGCAUGGAGGCAGCAGAGGACAAGAAAACCGCCUCCUCAUGGCUUGCUGCCAUGCACAAGCUCUGCCUGUACUACAUCUGUUCCCUAACAGGGUGCCAAACUGCUGUAUGAAGCUCGGGACCAGUGACUGGGUUAAAUGCGGAAGACACAUUUCAGUUGAAUGUAAUCAGUUGUACAACUGACUAGGUAUCACCCUUUUCCCUUUCAUUGCUAAGAUGACUAGAGAGUGAGAUGGCACAGACCAAGUGUUUUCUUUCCUACCCUUAAGUCUCUCAUUCUCUAAAUGCAGACAGCAGAUUUUAGCCACACUUCACUUGAACUAUUUGGCCAAUAACCCAUCCUAAUACUGCCAUCUAUGUAAUGCUAUAAUAGACAUAAGACACUUGGCAUAACCCUUUCCCUUCACCACCAUUAACGUGACAAAUUACAUUAAAAGCAUUAUGUAGGGUCUGUGACACAUAGUUCAAGUGAAGUUUCUUUAUAUAUUCUGUCUAUGCUCUGCUUUCAGUGCUGACAGAUUAUUCACUGAUUCUAGUGAAAUAUACACUACCGGUCAAAAAGUUUUAGAACACCUACUCAUUCAAGUGUUUUUCUUUAUUUGACUGUUUUCUACAUUGUAGAAUAAUAGUGAAGACAAACUAUGAAGUAACACCUAUGGAAU